GCCGGUUCGGUGGCCGUCCCAAUGGCAAAGUCGCUGGCAUUCCACGUCUCGCUGGCUAGUACUGAGUACGUCAUGUUGCUCAAGAGAUCAUGGGCAUUGUGCCUUCUCAUCACACUCGUCGCGGUCGUUGCCGACGCCCAGCGCGAUGCGACGCCCGUAGUUGUGCUUGGCAUUCCGACGCACCUCGAGGGAUUUGGUGCAAACGACAACAACAAUAGCUCCUCCAAGCCGUCCAUCAACGAUACGAAUGCUCCCACGACGGCUCCACCAAGCCCUUCGCCGAGCCCCGCACCCCCAAGUCCUGCACCGCCGAGCCCGACGCCGCCACCACCAAGCCCGUCACCGCCACCUCCGUCGCCGGCUCCGACGCAGGCUCCCACACCGGCUCCGACCCCGGCUCCAGCACCACCGAGUCCAUCACCUCCCACACCGACUCCGCCUCCGCCAACGCCAGCUCCGUCACCGCCUCCACCGAGUCCGACCCAGGCGCCACCGAGUCCGUCGUCAGCACGCCCAAGCCCACCCCCGCCCACGACGGCACCAACGCAAGCUCCGUCACCUAACCCUUCGCCAGCUCACCCGUCGGCGUCUCCAAGUGUCUCGCCGAGCCCGUCACCGAGCUCGUCUCCAGCUCCGUCUAGCUCCACCAGUAGCCCCACGGAUGCACCGACUGACGCGCCGAGUCCUAGUUCGUCGGACGCACCGAGUACGAGCCCGACACCGACGUCUACCGACUCGCGCUCGGGACCCUCGUCAUCUCCAGUUGCGUCUCCGGUGGCUUCGAGCAAGACAAUGAAGCCUUCGAAUGCGAUGCCGGACGCCAACGCCGUGAACCAGCAGUCGGGCAACGACGGCGGCAACGUGUCGAACAUUCUCAUCAUCGUCUCGGCCGUCGUUGGUAUCGUUGCGAUCCUCGGUGUCUUUGCGUUUUACGUCCACAAGAAGCGCCUCCAGCGCCUCACCGAAGACAAGUCGCCGCGGAGCUACCCGAGCUCGCCCGCGAUGCAGACGAUCCGCCACAUCCCGCACAACCCGUACCCUGCGCCGCAGCAGUCGUUUGCGCCACCGCCGCCACCGCCCUCCUCCUUGCCGAUCCGCGACGACUCGGAAGUGCAUCUUGGCCACUCGGUCAACACGGAGCAACUCAUGGAGAGCAUGGACGACGGCUACUCGCUGAGCUCGUUCGGCGGGUCGUCGCACUAUGGCCAAAGCAGCGGCAACUACAGCAUCAGCAGCUCGUUUUGCAUGGACUCUGGUCGCUUCCAAGACAUGGUCCAAUCGAAGGUCCACGUCGUGUAGAAGUUGUGUCUAUUUAAGAACCCAUCUACGUACUACUACUAAGUUUGUUGUUCUUUUAAAGUCUAC